AUGGAUGUUGAAAUCAAACACGCAGUAAACAUUUGUCAGGAAAAUCAACGCGCACCACCUAAAGCACCUAUUCAUCCUUGGGAAUGGGCAACCGAGCCGUGGAGCAGGUUACAUAUUGACUUUGCGGGGCCGUUUCAAGGACAUCAACUCCUGAUCGUAGUGGACGCCUACUCUAAAUGGUUAGAAGUCGAGUUGGUGCCGACAACCUCCUCGUCGGCAGCAAUACGAGUGCUACGUAGCUUAUUCGCCACUCAUGGAUUACCCGACGUAAUUGUAUCAGACAACGGUACGGCAUUUACAUCGGCAGAAUUUGCAGAGUUUACAAAGAAGAACGGGAUUAGGCACACAACAUCGGCGCCAUAUCAUCCGUCUUCAAAUGGCCAAGCUGAAAGGCUAGUGCAAGAAGCCAAAAAGAUGUUAAGCAAAUUGUCGCAAGGGGAUUGGCGUACCAAACUGGCACGAAUGCUGUUAAGCCAGCAUACAACGCCGUCAACAGUAACCGGCGUCAGUCCAGCAGAACUGCUUUUCAAGAGAAAAUUAAGAACCUGUUUAGAUCGAAUCCAUCCUGAUUUCGUGAGGGACAUGAAGCUGAAGCAGGAAACACUUAUGGAACAGUCAAAACCACCUCGGGAAUUUAAAGAUGGCGAUCCAGUUUCAGUGAGGAAUUUUGGUGAUGGUCCCAAAUGGGUUCCAGCGCAAAUCAAUAAACGUACUGAUCCAUUAUCAUACAAGGCAACCCUAGAUGACGGAAUCGUAAUCCGAAGACACACCGAUCAAAUCAUUUCCAGAAGACCACUGCAGGGCCAUCAAGCACCACCGUCAGAUGUGCAGGAAGCCAGCAUGAGCACUCGCCCAAGCAGAGACAGAAGAAUGCCUUUGCAUUUACGAGAUUUUGUUUUAACUGGGGGGAAGGAAUGUGAUGUAUGCAAGCCUGGGGAGGUCAAGGUUGGCACGCCUGCAACGGUGGGCUAG